CACCAGUACGUCUGUACGACAAACAAGGUGCAUUCGACGUAUUCGUUGUCAUGGCAAAGACACAUUUUGACAGCGAUUACGAGACGGUAUUCGACGUAGACGCUUACUUGAACCUUCUUUUCACAGAUGUGUACACGUGUGGAGGCGGGGGGCCAGGAGAUGGCAAUUACCUUCUUUGUCUGCAGAUUGACUUCUUCAAGAAAGCUACGUUCACGGGAAAUCGCUUAUUGGAAAUCGGCAGUGGACCCACUGUGCAUAACCUGAUACCUGCAAGUGCAUACUUCAAGGAGAUCACAGUUGCAGAAUUUUCCAAGCCUUGCAGGGAUGCUGUCGAAAAGUGGAUCCGCGCCGAACCAGACGCAUUUGACUGGAGUCACUUCUUUGAUUAUGUAUGUGCGAAAGAGGGAAAUGGAGAAAGCUGGAAAUCCCGCCAGGAGAAUCUACGGAAAUAUAUCAAGGGUGUGAUUCCCUGUGAUGUGCACGAAAGCAACCCACUUGGUCUAAAUUCGUUGGAUCCGUUCGACGCCAUCAUCACGUCUACCUGUCUCGAAGCAGCCUGCCUCGAUAAUCAGUCGUACCGGUCAGCUAUCAAAAAUAUUACCAAAUUGCUGAAACCAGGAGGAUUGUUGCUUAUUUGGAGUACGUUAAACGAAAGCUUCUACAUGAUUGGGGGAUCACGAUUCCAUGCUCUACCUCUAGACGCCGAGUUUAUUAUAAAUGCUGUCAAGGAAGCAGGUUAUACUGACAUUAAAACAACCAAAUUUCCUGUUCCACCAUUCGAAGGCAUUGAGAAAAUUGCAGACGCAGAAGGAAUAUUGUUUCUAACUGCAUGCAAAUUAUAAAUUUUUUGUGAAUUUUUAUGGCAUAUUGUUUGGUUAGGUUUCUUUUUUUGAUACAAAAGGGAUCUAUACCAUUCGCAAUUAUUUAAAUUAUGUAAUCUGUGUUGAAGUACCGGUAUAUCAAAUACAUAGAAGAAUCCACACUCGUUUACUAUUUUUAAUUCCAAUGAAAAAUGAAUAAAAUAAACAAAUAAA